CGUACGCAUACCAUCUCCACUCAUCUGUACUUGUUUUGAGCUUUUUUCCUUUUUUAUGCAUAAUUUAUGUGGAUGCGCAGUUACUAUAUGACUGUCUUUGUUUAUCCUGGCCACAUCUUUUGAUUUUUAUUUUUGUUUUAUUUUUAUUUUAUUUCUGUAUAUUUGUGAUUAUUGUUCAAUCGGCGUUAAUUUGAUUAGUUUAUAAGUGCGUUGUGUUAAUUCCAGCUGAAUCGGUCGAUGCUGCGGUUGUUUGUUGGACGAAUUAAUUAAUUCGUGCGCGUUUAAUUAUAGAGUUGUUACUGUUGUUAAUGCGCUGUGUGUGUGUGUUUUGCACUUUGAUUUACAUUUUAAAAAUUGAUGUUGGAGAAAGGCGAGCUGAUUUGCUGGUGUUUUUGAGCUGACUUUUGUAGUCUUUGAUCAAAUUUGUUUUGCGAAGUGAAUACUAAAUAUUAACGAAACCGAUCUGCCUAUUUUUCCGGCAUUGGAAGUGUAAUCUGAUUUCAUCUGAACUGUAGAAGUCUGUUGUUCUGAUCGUAGCUAUAGAUAUUCAAUGUUCAUGUUGCUUCGACACUGUCGCCUCACGUUUUUUUGGUUCUUCAUUUUGUAGCUGAUUGUUGAUAUCGAUUAUUUUUUUACUAGAUGGACCAGUAUGAAAAGGUUGAGAAGAUCGGUGAGGGAACGUAUGGCGUGGUGUACAAGGCCCGGGAUCGUGUAACAAAUGAGACUAUUGCUUUAAAGAAAAUCCGGCUAGAGCAGGAAGAUGAGGGAGUGCCGAGUACAGCUAUCAGAGAGAUUUCUCUCUUGAAAGAGAUGCAACAUGGGAAUAUUGUAAGGUUACAGGAUGUGGUGCACAGCGAUAAGCGACUGUACCUGGUAUUUGAAUAUCUGGACUUGGACUUGAAAAAACACAUGGAUUCUUGCCCAGAAUUCUCAAAGGAUCCUCGCCUGGUUAAAAUGUUUCUGUAUCAAAUACUCCGUGGUAUUGCCUAUUGUCACUCUCAUCGAGUCCUUCAUAGAGACCUGAAGCCUCAAAACUUGCUGAUUGAUCGACGUACCAAUGCAUUAAAGCUUGCAGAUUUUGGAUUGGCUAGAGCAUUUGGCAUUCCUGUCAGGACAUUUACACAUGAAGUUGUGACUCUAUGGUACAGGGCUCCGGAAAUACUGCUGGGAUCACGCCACUAUUCAACUCCUGUGGACAUAUGGUCGGUUGGUUGUAUAUUUGCUGAGAUGGUAAACCAACGACCAUUAUUUCCUGGGGACUCUGAGAUAGACGAACUCUUCAAAAUCUUUAGAAUCAUGGGCACCCCAAAUGAAGAUACAUGGCCUGGAGUGACAUCUUUACCUGAUUUUAAAUCAGCAUUUCCGAAAUGGCCACCCAAGGAUCUCUCGUCUGUGGUUCCAAAUCUUGACGCUGGCGGCCUUGACCUCCUCGGUAAAAUGCUCUGCUUAGAUCCGAGCAAAAGAAUUACUGCCAGAAACGCGCUGGAGCAUGAAUACUUCAAGGAUAUCGGGUUUGUCCCCUGAUCGAUGCCCUUGCUCUUUGUUAUAUUGUAUAUUUUUAUGCGUGGCAGCUGCAAUUUUAUUCCUCUCGACAAAAGUGUGACACACGGGCGACGUUAUCUUCCCAUUUCUUCCUUCUCUUUCGGUACGAUUUGGUUUAUACCAAAGUGAUUCUGCACACAAGGAACUAUGAAGGAAAUCUCAGUUGCCCCUGCUUUCACUUGCUCUUAUCUUCUCCCCCCCCCCCUCCCCUGUGUGGUUGUGUCAAUUUUUUUUCUUUUUUUAUAUGUUUAUUUUUGACAGUUUUGAUGUAACAUCGUGCUAUUACCCAAAUGUUACUUUUUGACAUUGUUUCGGAGCAAACAGUUGCUUAUAUAUCUUAUAUACUGUGUUGAUUGUA